UACGCUUUUCCAUAAUGCACACACCGGUGGUGCUUUGCGGUCUUUUUCUUUUUUCUUUUUCUGUUCUUUCACUAGCGGAUUCAAAUGCGGGUGGUGCGCUUUACCCUGCGGGGCUAAUGCCCUUGAUAAAUCGCGCAGAUGCCUUACUUUCUUCGGGACAAUUCAAUGAUGCUGCUAGAGCGUACAGCGAUGCUAUCGAUCAAUCACCAGCGGACUAUUCUCUAUACUAUAAACGUGCAACGGCCUACUUCUCCCUGAACCGAUACUCCAACGCUCUCGCGGACUUUGACCAGGUUCUAUCACUCACUUCCGAAACAUUCGAUAAAGCCUACUUCAUGAAAGCGAAAAUAUUCGCCAAGGAGGGACGCUGGUCUGAUGCUCGGGACGCUCUCAAGCGCUACCAGGCCAAGAACAAAUCAGACAAGACUGCAAUGGAGCUUCUUUUGGAUGUCUCAGACGGAGAAAUGGCUGCGAAGAAGGUCUUGAACGCACAGAGGGCAAAGCUUUGGACUGCUUGUGAAGAAUCUGCAAGUCAGGCUCUCAAGACUGCGCCACACGCGGUUAACAUUCGGCAGCAAAGGGCUUACUGUGCGCUGGCCGCUGGAGAUUUUGAGCAGGCAGUAGGAGAUCUCAGCCGGCUAUCUCAAAUCACCCAACCGUCAACCGCAGCCUUCAUGCGCGUCUUCCGCCUUUCCUAUUUCUAUAUGCCCGCGUCCUCUACGCCUAUGUCUACGCUCAAACAAUGUCUUUACUAUGACCCCGACUCUAAGCCUUGUGCGAGCGCACAUCGGCAGGUCAAGUCUUUGGACAAGUCAUUUACAAAGCUUGACAAGCUCAUGGCUUCCGAAAACUGGAAAGGCAUCGUCGACUUCCUCUUAGGGUCUGCCUCGAAAGAUGCCUCCCCAACCUCUCCAGGCGACGGAUUCCUUGCGACUUUCGACGACGCCCUCAACUCCAAUGUUGCACCAGCCAUGCUCGAACUCCCUUCAAAUAUCCCCAUCUCUCCACCUCGUCGUGCAAGUCCACGCCGUCAGGAGAUCAUGCGGGCUCUGUGUCGAUCGUACCUUCAACUCAGUCAGGCUCGUGCUGGGGAGCGGUGGUGCGACGAAUUGCUCGGAAUGACUGAUAUGGAGCGUGAUAUUGACGGCUUGCUCGGUAAGGGUGAGGCGUUGCUAGCACGUGAGGAGUGGGAGGAGGCAGUCCGUAUAUUUGAACGUGCAUGGGAUGCAAGUGGCGGAGGCAACCGUGAGAUUCACGCACGGCUGCAGAAAGCCCAGCGUCUGUUGAAACAAUCUCGGCAGAAAGACUACUACAAAGUUCUGGGUGUGGCGCGCGAUGCUGACGAUAAGACGAUUAAAAAGGCUUACCGGGCUACAACAAAGAAGGCACAUCCAGACAAGGGCGGCAGCGAAGCGAAGAUGGCAGCAGUCAACGAGGCGUAUGAGGUUCUGUCGAAUCCAGAAUUGCGACAGCGCUUCGACAACGGAGAGGACCCCAAUGAUCCUGCAGGCGGCCAACAGGGAGGAAACCCAUUCGGUGGCGCGCACUUCCCGGGCGGCAAUCCAUUCCAGUUCUUCCAGCAUUCGGGCAGUGGCUUCCAGUUCCAUUUCCAGAAUGGACGUGGACGAUGAGAAUCUGUUUUCCGUGUUUUAUACUCUGCUGUCAUAUUCGUGUAUUUACUGCUGUGUACAAUUGCAUUUUCUCGCUUCUUGAGCAC